AUGAACGCUGUUUUUCUUCAGGGAAAUGCCACACUGCAUCUCUACCCCCACUUCCAGAAGCUGCAAGAAAUAACAGGAGUGUCGGACUAUCUGUCCACAGAGGUGAGCACCUCCCGAGAGCGCAGGUUCAGUCUGGUCACCUUCAUUGACACCCCAGGUCUGGUGGACGGAGAUAUGAAGUACGAGUUUGAUGUGGACAAAGCGCUCAUCUGGCUGGGUGAACAUGUGGACCUGGUUCUGGUGUUCUUUGACCCACUGGGCCAGGCGCUGUGUGGCCGGACUCUAAACAUUGUGGAGCAACUGAGUGACAAAGCAGGCGAACGAGUGCACUUCUACCUCAGCAAGGCUGACCAGGCGGGCAGUGAGAGUGACCGCCAGAGGGUGCUGAUGCAGAUCGUCCAGGAGCUGUGUAAGAGACCGGCGCUGAACAAGUGUGGGUUCAACAUGCCCACAAUCUACAUCCCCCAGGAGGACAGGGUAUGUCGCUGUGUGAAUCAGAUCGAGGAGGUGUGCGUGACGAUAGAGAAGACGAUAGAGCAGACCGUGCAGCACACCCUCGACCAGCUGGAGAGAGACUGUCUCACCCUGCGACAGGCCACAGACACUGUCUUACAG